AUGACGAUUCGUUCAGCCGUCGUGCGAGAUUAUACAGGUGCUCAUCCGGAGUUUUCGGAUGUCUCCUCACCUGAGUAUAUUCGAACUUUGUGCCACCGCCAUGUACCGCAGUGGGACUCGCUGCCACCCACCAUGUUCGAGACGCGUGUUCAAAAACUCACCGAAGGGCUCACGAAUCAGCUAUUUCGCGUCUCGCUCGUGCGCGUUCAACUCCCUGGAGGAGUUCUUCCCGCACAAGACCAUGAAGGAGGACAAGGAGCUGAUGACGGUGGACGACGUGAAGAGUGCGCUCUGCGAGAGAAAAAGACAAUUUUUGAAGGGGGAGUGAGAGAAGAAGAUGGACAUCAAGAUUACUGCGGAGAACAAAUGUUCGAGUUGAGUACGCGUGCCGGCGGUGUUUCAUCUAACCUAGUAGAGGACAAGCGGGGCAAAAGUGGUUCAUCUUCUCCAUCCUGUACAACGACAGCAGAUGCAACGUCGGAAAAUAUGACGCCAACUUCGUCUACAUCAGGAGACGGCACCGAUAAUCAAAUCGCAACUGCGAACGCAACAACAGGGAGGAUCGUGCGUCACCAAGAAGACAGCACAUCAAACUCAACAACUACAACUCGUACCAAAAGCAAUAUUGGUGGAGGAUCGAAACCUUCGUCCCACUCGUCCCGCGUUCAGCUUAUCCCGAGUACCCCUGGAGCUGGAACGUUUGCCCUGACAAAUCGUAGUAGUCGUGCAGUUCUCGAUACAGCGGCAAGUCGCGAGUCAGCCGGUGGCGCUCCGUCGUCCUCUUUCAGCGGAAUCAAAUCCUUCCCUGCCCCGACUUGCAGUGACAUAACCUCUGCGCCGUCGCCCCGCCCUCCAGAGCAGCGGUUGCUGAUGCAGACCCUGCGCGGCGCCCCGGAUGCCAAGGACCUCAUCAUGGACCCGAUGAUCACGGUCGUCCUCUUUCGGAUCUAUGGGGAGGACAUUACAAACUUCUACGAUUCAGAGGUGGAAGUGAUGACUUUCGAAACGCUUUCGCGGCUCCGCAUCGCUCCAGCGAUGUACGCCAAAGGCAACGGCUGGAGGAUAGAAGAGUGGCACUUCGCAAAACCCGUGCCUAACGCGAUCCUCGACAAUCCGAGCAUCUACUGUCAGGUAUAGUGAAUUUUAUUUUCUUCUAUGUACUCUUGACAAGUUCAAGUUCUUUCAUGACAAUCUAUCUAUGAUAUGCGUUCUUAAUCUUGCUUUUCUUUGCUCGCGUUCUACUCCAAGUAUCUAGAAAGCACUCUGGCAUUCGCAUUUCUUGUUAACAGUCAAUAAUUCCAGAAGGACCAGCACACGAGUGCACAGAUUCUCCUUUCUACGAUGCGUGUCUGUUCAGUCGUAUGAUGGGAGGUGCAGAAGCAAAAAAUUUUAUAUUUAAUUAAUACAUUACAACAUACUUUCGGUUUCGAGGAUUGAUAUUUUUUCGUUGUUAUCACUAGGUGUUAGAUGAACAAAUGAACAGCUUUGUAUUUCAACUCAAACUGAUGUACACAAUCUUCAGAUUGCAUCACAUUUGGGUCGAUUCCAUAAGCUGGGACGACUUCCUGACUUCGAGUUUUUACGUCGGACCUACCGAAAACCUUCCGUUUUGCAGUGGCUUGAUUCGUGGGUAUCCAAGGCUCUCAAGGGCGACGCAGAACGCGAAACGCCUUUUUUCUGCGGCGACUUGCUGCCUCUGCGGGACGAAAUGAGCGACUGCGUCCAAUUUCUGAAGGAAUUAUUGCAGGAAAGGCUUUUAGUUUUAGCUCAGCAAGUCCAGGCGAAAUACAACAAUACAGACAGUGCACUCUUGAGCUGCGGGACCGAGGACGCGGUGAGUGGCGCAUCCUCGAUGCUCCUGCAACCGCCAGACGAAGUGGAAAUACAGCCAGGUUUCCACAUCGUCUUCUGUCACAACGACUGUCAAGAAAACAAUGUGAUGCAAACACAGUACGGCCUACGACUCAUCGACUUCGAAUACUCCGCUUUCAAUUUUCAAGGGUACUUUUACUUACAACUACAACUUCAACUUGAUGGAUAAUUAUUUUCAAUCAUAAUCGAAGAUGUGAUCGUCUUCGUCGAAUAGCAUUAAUUUGUUCACACUACUUUCGUGUACAAUCCGCAUCUAAUAAAAGCCAUAAUCUGCAUUCUUUUGGCUAGGAGUAGUGCAUUGAAGUCGAAGUCCGCGAAUCGUUAAUACAAGAACUUGAAUGAUGAGUACUAUCAUGUCCUUGAUCGAUCCGUAGCCGUCGUUGAGAAAACAAAAUACAGUUGUUUGUACAAGGAAGUGCACAAACACUGAUUCCACGACAGGCACGAUAUUGCGAACUUCUUUAACGAGUGGAUAAUCGAUUAUAUCGUCGACGACCCUCCAUUUUUCUCUGCUGAUUAUGCUCGUGGCGCUUCCGAGCGAGAUCGAUUCUUGUUCGCGAAAAUCUACUUGAGCGAGUUUUACGAACAGUGCAUGAACGAUGACGAUGCGCGAAUACAGCGACUGCUCGACGCAUUGCCAGUCUUCGAGUGCGGGUCGCACUUACUCUGGGGCUACUGGAGCUUGUUACGAGCACCACAAACGCAAGCAUUCGAUGAGUUCGACUUCCUGGAACACGCCAAGUGGAGGUUUGAAACAGCAAGAAAUAUCUAUUACCAGCUUCUCCAAGAAACCAGUAAACCCUUGCCAUGA